AUGCCGAAGAUCCCAAAUCCCGAUGAUGGAGCAGGAGCAGGAGCAGGCAGCAGGCAGCAGUGGUGUGAGAAGGAGGAGGAGCGUCAUCCUCUAGACGGCUUCAAAACCAGCUGUGACUUUCACCCGGAACCCAUCAUGUGCGGCAAAGGUAUCAUCGUGACCAUUGCCAGCCAGUGGAGAACGUGGCGGCCAAAUCAGAGCUUUGCGGAACGAACGGGCAGCUCGUUCCACAAGAUAAGCUUCAACAUGAACGGCUGGUGGCUCAGCCUGUACUACUGCCUUUGA